AUGGGUUGCGUUUCUUCUAAAUUAAAAUUAAAGAAAGAAACUGAAACUAUGAAUUCACAAAGUGAAUUUCAAUAUCUUGAGGGCAGAAGGUAUCAUAAUACAGAAGGUGCCAUAUACCCUAUGCCAAAUGAUGAAGACGAGCAAGACAGAUUACACCUUCAACAUUUCUUGAUGAGAUAUCAUUGGCAAAGUAAUUUUUCUGCUCCCAUUAAUCAUAUCUUGACUAAACAAGGAGCCAAGAUCCUCGACAUCGGGUAUCCAACGGUUGAUAUUAUUGGAAUUGAUAUAUCUCCACACCAACCGUCGCAGAUAAAGCCUGGGAAUUUCACAUUCAUUAAAGCAAAUAUUUUAGAAGGUUUACCAUUCGAAGAUAAUACUUUUGAUUAUGUAUUUCAACGAUUUAUGUCUUAUGCAUAUACCAAAGAUGAAUGGCCACGUGCAAUAGAUGAGAUUUUUAGAGUUUUAAAACCAGGUGGAUUCGUAGAGUUCAUGGAACCUUCUCCAUUCCUUUUUGAUAUUGGGCCGGUUAAUCAACGUUUAUGGGAAGCUCAAACAUCGAUAAUGGAUCAACGAGGUGCAGACUCGUAUACAUAUGAAAAAUUAGAGAAGCUUCUAGAAAACAAUGGUGAGUUCGAAAACAUUAAAAAGGAAGUAAAAACAAUCCGUCAUGGUGAAAAUGUUGAUCCGAAACUUAAUAAAGUGGAUAUCAAUAAUUUAAUUAACAUAUUGGUUGGCCUAAAAGUCUUUAUGACAAAAUUAUUGCAAGUUUCAGAUGAUGAAUAUGAUGAGAUGCUUAAAACUGCAGAAAAAGAACUAUUUGAUUCCGAAUUUUAUUAUUAUUUGGUUCGUGCUUAUGCAAGCAAAAAAGUAGUUCCUAACGGUGAUCAAAAAACAACUCAAGAGUAG